UUUUGUCUCCUCCGCGCUCUCAUUUCUCUCUAAUAAAAAAAUAACCAAUUAGAAAUCCGUACAAAAAAAUCCACAUUAUCUCUCUAAUAAUAAAUCCUCCUUCCCUUUCAAUCUAUCAUAAAAGACUCCGUUCCGUUCCCAUCAGAUCUUCCGUCAGACUCCCGUCCUCAUCGCCUCCCGAGCUGCUCUCCGAGGGGUAUUUUCGUCAUUUAAGGCUCUUCUACUGGCUUCUAGGGUUUCGUUGAUGUAUCCGACGAUGACGGGCGGAUCUAGGGUUUUGGGGGACUACAUCGUCGGACGACAGAUCGGGUCCGGAUCGUUCUCGAUUGUCUGGCACGGACGGCAUCGGAUCGAUGGUACGGAGGUGGCCAUUAAGGAGAUCGUGAUGGAGAGGUUGAACGCGAAGCUGCGAGACAGCCUCCUGUCGGAGAUUAGGAUCUUGAAGAACAUCGAUCAUCCGAACAUCAUCCGGUUGCAUGAUAUCAUCGAGAAUUCUGGAAAGAUCCAUCUGGUACUGGAGUACUGCAGAGGUGGUGAUCUUUCUAUGUAUAUACAACGUCGUGGAAGCGUUCCAGAAGUAUCUGCCAAGUACUUCAUGCAACAGCUAGCUGCUGGUUUACAAGUCCUCCGUGAAAACAAUCUUAUACACCGCGAUCUAAAGCCACAGAAUCUCCUCCUCGCCACAAAUGAUGACCAUUCUUUAUUGAAGAUUGCAGACUUCGGCUUUGCCAGGUCUUUACAACCUCGAGGCCUGGCAGAGACAUUGUGUGGUUCACCACUCUACAUGGCUCCAGAAAUAAUGCAACUCCAAAAGUAUGAUGCCAAGGCAGAUCUUUGGAGUGUUGGCGCCAUCCUAUUUCAGCUCGUAACAGGGAAAACCCCAUUUUCUGGAAAUAACCAAAUCCAGUUGCUGCAAAACAUAGUGAAAUCAAAUGAGUUGCAAUUCCCUUCAGAUAAAAGCAACUUGAGUUCUGACUGCCUUGAUUUAUGUCAGAAGUUGUUGCGCCGUAAUCCAGUGGAACGGUUGACAUUUGAAGAGUUUUUCAACCACCGAUUUCUUUCUCAAGACCCUGUAGACCAAUCGUUGAGCAGCAGGACAACAUCAAGGGCAAGAGACUGCUUUCCUCUGGGUGAGUGCAAUCUUGCAAGGCAGACAGAAGAGAGUUCUCAAGAGGAUUGCCUGCCUUUCCUUUUAGAUGAUGAUUCCAGUGGGCCUGAUGGAAGCCCAUCCAUGCCUUCGAAGAGGAACCCUAUGAAGCCCACUUGUGGAUUUUCUGUCGAUAAAGAUGGUUAUAGAAAGGGAACUUCUAACACAUCCAAUAACAUGGAUAUUACUUCCAGAAAUAGCUUUACACAUAAACCGGACAAGACCAUCUCCAGGCAUGGUUUCCGACGACCUUCAGAUGGAUAUCUAAAAGAGGUUGCAAAGGCACCAAUGAAGGUUUCUUCCAAAGGUAUCAAGCUUGUCCUGGUGGAUUCUCUAUAUCUGUUUUAUGCUUUUACAAAUUCUAUGCAUCUGUUGUUAAUUUUUCCUUAUUUUAUGAAUUCUACAGUUGUGGAUUCAUUGGAGUUAAUUGAUCAGGAUUAUGUCAUUGUCUCUGGGCCUUCUGUGGAGGCAUCCUCUUCAUCAGCAAGUGCGUCCCGUCUGCGCCACUCACCUUGCAAAUCGGAAGGUUCGCCAAUGACAUCCAUAAAUAACAAUAUGUUAAGUAGACCAAUGCCAAUAGCUGGUGCAGCUGCAAAGAACACCUCUGGCUUUGGAAGUUUGGGAAGUCAUAGCUCUGCACCAUCUGGGACUUCACAAGGGUCAACAGAUAUGGGAGAUGCUUUUGAGCAGCCAUCAACUGAUGGCAUGACAAGGAUAAGAUCAUUGCAGCAGUGUGCGUCUGCCAUUACCGAGUUAGUGAAUGAGAAGACUGAAUCAGAAAAGCGAUUGGAAGCUUUCUCAAUUCAGCUAGUAAUCCUAGCAAUCUGGAAGCAAGCACUCCAUAUUUGCCAUACACAGGCUGCCUCAGCUAUGGAAGAAAGUCCCUCUCAAGAGAUUGCUGUCCGAGGAAGCAGCAACAAGAAGCAUAACCCGGAUGCCCAAGAAUUUCAUAAUAGCGGUGGCUCUGAAGGGACAGCUGCUAUUUGCUCUCAGAUCGAAAGGGAGUUUCUUGUUGAAGUUGCGCAUGCUGAGGAACUUGCUAGGGACUUGGGGCUGACCGAUGGAAAUGUAGAGAUGCCUGAUGCAAUAGAGUCUAUAUAUCAAUCCGCUUUAGCGUUUGGUAGACAUGCUGCCGUUGAUGAGCUGAUGGGUGAUAUGGACAAUGCGGUAACCCUGUACUCUAAGGCGGUGCGUUUGCUGUUCUUCCUCGUGGUAGAAGCACCGUCCCUCAUCCUCAAUCCUCCUUUCUCCCUCACAAAUUCCGAUAGGUAUAGGCUCCGCUCGUACAUUGAUUUCCUGAACAACAGGCAAAGCCACUCAGCAUCUCAGAGGCUAGCCCUUCUCAAGUGUGAGGAUCAACAGAGCCCUUGAACUGGCUUUGUCCAACACUGGCGGGCCAUGUUCAAUAUGUAAAUCCAUUUAUUUUGUACAGUGAUUCUUUGGGUCCCGAUUAUUGAAUUGCUUGCAUUUGGAAUGGUUUAGGGUUUUCACUCUGUAAUUCAGGGUAACUUCCAAAAUGAACUUGUGCAGUUUCAGUGUGCUGCCUUGUGGAUGUUCUGUUGGGUUAAUGGGAAGAUAGGUGAUGAUUUAAUAAUUUAUAGUGAGAACUUUGCAACCGUUGGCCGAUUAA